AUUCCAAGAACCUUCAACUCCGCAACCAUUCAAUCCGGGACAACAUCACGCCACACCAGGACCCCGAGAAGGCACAUCGUCAGCAUGACCGCCCCGGAGACGACAACAACUGUCCGCGGCUCUUGCCUUUGCGGCAAGAUCCAAUUUGAGAUGAACCUUGCCAAGGAGAACAACUGCCUGUGUUUCUGCAACAGCUGCCGCAAGAUCACUGGCAGCGUUGGCAUGGCCAACAGCUGGUGCAAGCAUGAGGACCUCAAAUUCCUCACCCCUCCAUCGCUCAUGUCCGUCUACGAGGACAAGAGCCCCGACUCGGGCGGCACCAUCCACCGCGGCUUCUGCGGCACUUGUGGGAGCACCAUGAUCUCGGAGAACCGCAAGCUCUUCCCCGGCCACUGGAUCGUACCGGUCGGCGCUCUUGAGUUCGACCCGCUGACCACCGGCUGGCGGCCCGGCCAAGAGUUCUACUGCAAGCGCAAGAUGCCCUGGUUCCAGACCCCGGACGAUACUGUCAAGUACCACGAGCUGUUCCAGAGGGACAAUGGCAAUGCAUAAAUUCUUUUUGGCAACUUUCCACGUGGCGGUGUAUCUAGGAGUUCGUCAAGCAUCAUGUUUGAGCUCGUCACAGGAAGCUUCCCAAAACCAAGAUAGCAUAACCAAAAAUGAGGAGUUGAAGU